UCGACCUCGGCGAUGGCGGCGCUGCGGGGCCUGCGGGGCCUGCCGGGGCUGCGGCGGCUCCGGGCGCCGGGCCCGACCCCCCGCCCGCCGCUGCUGCUGCCGCGGGGCCGCCCCGCCGCCGUCCCGAGCGCCGUGUCCGUGUCCUCCGCCCCCCCCGGCUCCGGGGGCCGUUCCCGGCGGGCUCUGGCUGCUCUGGGGGUCCUGGCAGCAGCAGCGGGGGUCCCUGACCCUGGCCCUGUCGCUGGGGGGCCCCUCAGUGCGGGGAGCUGGGCUGCACCCCCGGCCUUCCCCUGGAGCCACGGGGGGCCCCUGCAGGCCCUGGACCACGCCAGCCUGUGCAGGGGGUUCCAGGUGUACCGCCAGGUGUGCUCGGCCUGUCACAGCCUGGAGUACGUGGCCUUCAGGAACCUCAUCGGGGUCACCCACACCGAGGCCGAGGCCAAGGCUCUGGCUGAGGAGGUGGAGGUGCAGGAUGGGCCGGACGAGAACGGGGAGAUGUUCAUGCGGCCUGGCAAGAUCUCCGACUACUUCCCUCGGCCCUACCCCAACCCCGAGGCUGCCCGGGCGGCCAACAACGGGGCCCUGCCCCCCGACCUCAGCUACAUCGUCAAUGCCAGGCACGGUGGGGAGGAUUACGUGUUCUCGCUGCUGACGGGGUACUGUGACCCCCCGCGGGGUCUCUCUGAGGAGGGGCUGCACUACAACCCUACUUCCCGGGCCAGGCCAUCAGGAUGGCCCGCCAUCUACGACGAGGUGCUCGAGUUCGAUGACGGGACCCCCGCCACCAUGUCCCAGAUCGCCAAGGACGUGUGCACCUUCCUGCGCUGGGCGGCCGAGCCCGAGCACGACCACCGCAAGCGCAUGGGGCUCAAGAUGCUGAUGAUCUCGGGGAUGCUCAUCCCCCUGCUGUACUACAUGAAGCGGCACAAGUGGUCGGUGCUCAAGAGCAGGAAGAUGGUCUAUCGGCCCCCCAAGUAGGGGGCCCUGGGGGGGUCCCCUGUCCAUCAGCCCCCCCAGACAGGGGGCAGGGGGCCCCCCCCUCGGUCUGCCAGCCCCUUGCACAGGGGGGUGGGGGCCCCCCUUCCCCCUGUGAAGAGGAGGGGGAUGGUUUGUCGGCCCCCCAGGGAGGGGCGGUGGGGAGUCCCCGCCCCCACCGCGUAUUUAAGCCGGGCCUUGGCCCCCAGGGGGGCUCCAGGCACGGGAAUAAAGGCUCGGGGUUCCACGGGAAA